CCGCAGACGGUCUGAUCUCACAGUUAGCUCUCUGUAAUCUAGUGUAUUCUAUUAUCAACGGCUUCAGCUUCACAGUUGUGGUGUUUAUUUUAUUGAUUUACUAUUCAAAUUUUAGUCAACAAAAGCUUUACCGGUUUUCCAGCCACGAGGAUGAAGUCGCUAACCCUAACAGCUUUCUUCUUUACAGUAAUAUCACUUACGUACGAGCAACAGAUAACAACGUACUAUUUUCCAAACUACUACUGCAACCCAUCCCUUUGCCAGAGUGGCGGCCCUCACGUGGCUUGCGCUCCUCCGAACCCUUUCGGCGCUAGUUGUUACGGAAAGCAACCUCAAGUGGUGAUCAUGACAGGUGAACUUCGAGCACAAAUUCUAGACCAUCACAAUCGGCAACGUUCGCUGCUGGCCAGCGGAAAGUUGCCGGGCUACUUGCCUGCUGUCAAAAUGCCGACGCUGCAGUGGGACCUUGAGCUUCAGUAUCUUGCGGAGUCAAAUGCACGAUCCUGUGACUAUGGCCAUGACAAAUGCCGCAAUACGAAUUGGAGCAAAUACGUCGGACAGAACAUAGGAGUACUGCGUUAUUACGGGCUCAAAAUUACUAAGAAGGAGUCGAUCAAAUACUUCAUCGAUGCUUGGUUCAACGAAUACGUCUAUGCUCAUGCAUUUGUUGACAAUUACCCACAGUAUUAUCAUGGCCCACAAAUCGGCCACUUUACUCAAAUCGUUAGUGAUCGUACAAUCAAGAUAGGAUGCGGCAUGGUCACCUACAAUACGUACAGUGGAGACGUAUGGACGCAUGACUAUUUCGUGUGCAAUUACUCAUUUACGAACAUUAUCGGUCAGCCAGCAUAUGUUAAAGGGAUUUCUGCUUCACAGUGCACCUCUGGGGUAAGUUUUUCCUACCCUGGUUUAUGCAACUGA